AUGAAACGACCUCUCGACUUUUUAUUAGCAAUCUGCUUAAUCCUACUCCGAUCAUCCACAUUCGCAGAUGAGCACACGGUACACUGGAACUCAACCAAUUCAAUGUUCCGAAAUCGACAUCCCUCGAUUGAAGUGAGACUUGGAGACGUUGUUCGAUUUGUGUGUCCAGACAACGAGGGACGAAAAAAUGGAGAAUAUUUGACAGUUUAUGAAGUUUCGGAGUUUGCAAUGGGAGAAUGUGCUCUGGAGUCGAAUUCGAGAGAAGUCAUCAAAUGUGGAGUUGAUACAAAUACGGAGAAAAUCAUUCGUACACAUCAAUUGCCAAUUGGAGAAUCAAGAGAGCCUCCAAAGAAUGUUGCACAAUUUAUCAGAUCAGUUAAUCCAAUUCCAAAUGGCAAAGAGUACCAGCCUGGACAGACCUAUUAUUACAUUACGACUUCGAGCGGAAAGCCUGGUGGAAUCGGUCAACAAAUGUAUGGACUCUGUGUAUCCAAAAAUAUGCGUCUUUCGAUGAAAGUUCUAUCAAGUCAGCCAACACCAUCUCCAUCUUCAAAACCAGCAAGAUCUCGGACAGAUGCUCGGCGCCAAGAAGACUUUAUCACAAAGUCCAGCGCCGAAUUGAUGGGAGGACAAGAAGAUGAGGAUUCCGAAAAUGACAAUGCCCAUCUGCUUCCGAGAGAUUUGGAAAUUGCGACUAAUCCAAAGUUCAGAAGACCUUCUCAAUUCGAUCAAGCUGCCGCUUCGGCUGGAGUCCUGGAUGGACAAUUUUUGAAAGUUGUACAAAUGGCUAAAGAAGGAAAAACUGGAACGUUCGAGAAUGAUCGAGAAGUGCAGAAAAGCGCGGAGAAGGAUGCAUGGGAUCCGAUUAACAGACAUUAUGUGGCUGAUUUGAUGAACUCGGCAUACAAGAAUGCAAAUGAUAGAGUUGUUUAUCAGAGAGAACCCGAUUUUUUGAUUCAUGAAGAAGAUAUUUCAACGAAUUCUCUCGGAUAUUCCUCGUCGUCUUCAAGUUCAUUACCAACGUUCCUGAUAGUUUUCCUGAUUGCUGUAAACCUUCUCUUCUAA